UCCCGCCGCUUGGGCCCCGGGCCCGGCCCCUCCCGCGCCGCCCGGGCGAUGAGAAGCUGCUUCUGCGUGAGACGGAGCCGGGACCCGCCGCCGCCGCAGCCGCCGCCGCCCCAGCGGGGAACAGAUCAAUCCACCAUGCCUGAAGUCAAAGACCUUUCAGAAGCCUUGCCAGAAAUGUCAAUGGAUCCCAUCACGGGGGUUGGGGUGGUGGCUUCUCGGAACCGAGCCCCAACAGGCUACGAUGUAGUUGCACAGACGGCAGAUGGUGUGGACGCUGACCUCUGGAAAGACGGCUUAUUUAAAUCCAAGGUUACCAGAUACCUGUGUUUCACAAGAUCAUUUUCCAAAGAAAAUAGUCAUUUGGGGAAUGUGUUAGUGGAUAUGAAGCUCAUUGACAUCAAGGACACUCUGCCGGUGGGUUUCAUCCCAAUUCAGGAGACAGUGGACACACAGGAAGUGGCUUUUAGAAAGAAGAGGCUGUGCAUAAAAUUUAUCCCACGGGACUCAACAGAAGCUGCGAUUUGUGACAUUCGGAUCAUGGGCCGGACCAAGCAGGCCCCUCCUCAGUACACGUUCAUUGGGGAACUGAACAGCAUGGGGAUCUGGUACCGAAUGGGCAGAGUCCCAAGAAAUCAUGACUCAUCUCAGCCCACAACGCCUUCCCAGUCAUCAGCUGCUUCCACCCCGGCCCCCAACCUUCCCAGGCACAUCUCUCUAACACUCCCUGCCACCUUCCGAGGCAGGAACAGUACCCGGACGGACUAUGAGUACCAGCACUCCAAUUUGUAUGCCAUAUCAGCAAUGGAUGGUGUGCCUUUUAUGAUUUCAGAGAAAUUUUCUUGUGUCCCAGAAAGUAUGCAGCCCUUUGAUCUCUUGGGAAUCACCAUCAAAUCUCUAGCAGAAAUUGAAAAAGAGUACGAGUACAGCUUCCGCACAGAGCAGAGUGCUGCCGCCAGGCUCCCGCCCAGCCCCACCAGGUGUCAGCAGAUCCCUCAGUCCUGAGGAGCCAGAGCCACCUGCGCCACCCUCGGGGAGAAGAGGCCUCCCACCCAGGCUACUGACGGGGCGGCUGGGGUGUGGGCCGCUCCCCUCCCUUGUCCCGUCCCUCCUGCCCUGCUUCCCACUGUGUCCACCAGCCCUUCCUCCCACACUGCCCAUCCGGGGGCUCUGUGGGCAGCUGAGGGGUUGCAUCCUGUCAUUGGCUUGCCUGACACGACACCCCAGCCUGCCUGGGGAUGUUGUUCGUAACUGCGACUAAUCUGUGUGUGCUCUAGUGGCCACCGGCUCCUAACGUGUCUGUGUGAUGACCAGUUGUCCUGCAAAAACUCUUGCCCACCACGGAGCAUCCCCAAGGGCCCCGGGUACUUGCUCCAGCCACCCAGUGACACCCACAGGCUCCCUUCACUCCUGAUUGUUGCCUGCCAUGGAGACCCCACUAAGCCACGGCUCUCCUUCCUGGAGACCCCCAGGGUGGGUGGCUUUGCAUAGGACCCUCCAGGGCUCACUGAUCACCAAUGAGGGGCUGCCGAGCAACAGGUCCCUCAUACCGAUAGGAUCAGGUGCCCCAAGUGUUUCACAGCAACCAUGAGAAAACGCAAAGGAGGAGUGGACCCUGCCCCACUGGGGACAUCCCAUGGACUCGUCACCCAGUGCACACACUGGACAUCCAGAGGUCAGGGAGCGGCACACCCCAGCCACCAGCACAGAGGGGGUGCUGCUUUCUUGGGGGAGGCUGAGUGACGGGGACCCUGCUUGGACGUGGGUUCUGCUGCCCAGGGUGCUGUGCUCAUCCACGGCACUCCCUGUGCCCCAGGGGCUCAUCUGUGGACGCCCAUGUGCCAGUGACAGCUCCAACUGCCUCAGCCCCGGUCCCCUGGCCGAGGGACCACAGGGAUGCACCCUUGCAGGGCCACAGACAACGACGCUCUGAGACGGUGGCCAGCCCUGAAGGGACACGGGCACCCCUCUCAGAGCCAGGCUAUGUCUUGAUGAUAUCUGCUAAGAGGAGCAAAUGUUUUGAAACAUCCCUCUGAGCCAGAUCACUGAAUUGGGGCCAGAUCUGACAUUUCUCCACGACUGUCUAUUGGAGGUGCUGCCAUCUCUUCCAGUGCCGGGUGCCAGGUUCAACUCCAGCACCUUUGCCCCGAGGACAGUGGUGGUUGCUGUCCCUGGGGGCUCAGGCCCUCACCCGAUGGGCUGCCUUGCCUCGUGGUAUCUGCUGUUAGAGGUUGUCCUGAUUCCACAGAAUGUGGGGAUCUGAUAACUUUUGGUCCCCGGAGGCUUGGCCUGUGGAUGUGAGGGCCUGAUGAGUAUGGGUGGCCAUGGAGACCCACUGCCUCAGCUGGCACAGGCCCUGCCCUGCCGCAAGUGCCAAGGUGGCCCUGGUCAGCAGGGCGACUGAGGCACCAAAGCAUCCGGAGGAAGAGCCAGCCAACGCAGCCGGCCAAGAGGCAGGCGGGGCCAAGAUACCUCAUGUCCCUGCAUCUCCAGCCCCCGUGGGCCCCUUUGUGGACCAACGCCACCUCCAGGGUCACCCCUUCCUCUUCGUUUGGAUACCUCUUGACUUCUGUGUAUUAGGGAAGUGGUCGCCUCUCCCCGCUUUCCCUGAGACCUGAGGACGCCCCUGUAGAGGGUGGCCUUCCCUGGUGGCACAGUGGCAGGAAAAGAUAGUUUGUUACUGGAACCUGCCUGGGCCCUAUGAGGACCUGUCGCGGGACUGGUGCUCACCAGGAGAGAACUGACCGAUGGAUCUCAGGCAUCUCCACUGAAAUAAGCUGUGCUUCUGGGGAGCAGGGGGACCCAGAGAACCUGUGUCUACUCAGUAGCUGCAUUUUGGACGGUGGCUGGUCCAAAACCAAGUGGCCUGCGUGACUCAAAGCCCAGUGGAGAGGGGUGAAACCUCACAGGCUGGGGGACAGCAGGAGGGUAGGGCAGAGCUCUGACCCCUUCUGUCACUUCAUUUGGGCUUGUGCACUUUGUCCUUCCACCUCUUUUCAUGCCCUGGCUGUGGCAUUAUCUCCAACAGGUAAUGCCUGGUGGCCCUUCUCUCCCCUCCAUUGGUGGAGAAGGAGGCAUUUCAGUAGCUCUGAUAGGCCCUCAAAGGUCCAAAGGCGGUGAUGUUGUGUCCCUUGUCACAAGGCAGAGCCAAGCCGUGAGGGUGGCUGCUGGAGAAAGGAAGGGAUGCCCACAGCCCCCCACUGACACCCUCUCACAAGCCCCCCUGGAGCAGAGGCCCCGGCCAGGCGCCCAUGUGCCCUCCUGCACCGCUGGACAGACAGGAACAAGGCAGGGCCACAGGGCCACUGGGAAGAGGGCAAGCCGCGUGGACCCAGGCCAGCUGGAGCCGUCUCCUCCGUGGUGUUAUGGACUUGGCUUGAGGAUAGCGUUGACCGUGAGUGUUGUAGCAGACAGCAGCCUAAGCUAGUGAAGCAGCAUCAGUGUUAGGGACACGUUGGUGUCUGUAGUAGAUUUUAGGCUGCUCCUAAUCCUCCGUUUCUUACCCUCUGAGAGGUGGGUGAGGAUGAGUGUGUAGGUGACAGUAGCUAUGUGCAAGCGUGUGUGUGCACAUGCAUGUGUGCAUGUGUGCCCGGCCCCCGUGGGCUUGUGCAGGCUGCAGGAGGACUGGGGAGAGCUCCAGGAAUUGAGCGACCUUGUAUGUCCUUUUGGGAGAGUGCUUUCCUCAAAAGCCCUCUGGCUGAUGUGGGAAGGGAGGGACAAGGACUCUCCUGGAAAUGUGAAGGGCCACGACCUCAUCCCUUGGGUCCCUCCCCUCCCAGCACUUCUCAGUGCUGCUGCUGUCCCUGCCCGUCACCCUCUGAUCCUCCCAAAAAGACUAACCAGAGCACAGUUCCCCUACUGCCUCCCACUUUCUCUGAAAAUUCGAAGUAUCUUUUCAAGGGCCUUGGUGAUGGCACAAAGGUGACAAGAAGCGAGUGAUGUGCUCCAAGUUCACUUGCAGAUUUAUAAUAAGGCCUUUUUUCCCACCCCGAGUCCAAGAACUCACACCAGCCACACCUUCUGCCACUUGGAGAGAUGGACCCUGUCGUGGUAAAUAACAGGUUAGAGCCUCCCCUGCCCUGGCGCACUGGUCGGAGGAGCACGGUCGCCACUUCAUAACUCAGAAAGCGGUGGGAGGGCAGGAGGGGCUCACACGGACUAACCUACUCCUUGCCGGGCGCUAGGCCAGGCACUCUAAGCACAUUUCUCCUUUCGUUCCCCCUAAAAGCAAAAACACAAAACCCAGAGUGGACGCUCUUUGCGCCUCAUUCCAGAUGAAGAAGCUGAAACUUGUCCACGGGCACAGGCUGGUGAGUGGCAGAGGCAGGACUGGGCCCCAAAGCCCGCAGGGCCAGCCGCCCACUCAUAAGCACAUGCCUCAGGCUGAUGUUUUUCUUUCUCAUCCCCUAAUGGACUUCCUGGCUGCCACUGGUCCCUGCUGGUCACCAGGCCACCACGCCAUCACGCAGUGGGCACUGAACCCAGGCCAGGAGCCUGCCUGCCCGGCUCCUCCACCCAGACAGGGCUCUCCCAGAUCUGCGGGCUUGCUGGCUGCCCUGUCCUUUGCCAUUUAGGCGUUCUUCUCUGAGAACCCGGUGGGCCUGAGGAGGAGGGCAAAGGAGGGCCUCGCCAAGCAGCCACGUGCCUCCACGCCACACGGGCACUGAGCCCAUUGAGUCGGUUUGCUGUCUGCCUUAGCCCUGGAGCCUAGCGGAGGCGGCCAGGCACCUGCCCUGCCAGCUGUCACCACUGCGACAGGGCUUUGUUCUCCCAGCAAAGAGCAUGGGAGCUGCUCUGCGACCCUGUCGGGCCUCAGGCAAGGACCUUAGGAAGGACGUUACUGCGUAUUUAUUCAAGGUGACUCUUGUACUUGGCAAAGGGAAGUUUCACUGUGUGAUCGUCUGUAUUCCUAAUAUAAUUUGUUAA